AUAACAAUAACCCUUCAACAUUAUUUGAAAAUGGCUCUAAUUCUUCAUUAUUUGAAGAUAAUGAUAAUUUUAACACAAGCAGUUCAUUGCUUACUGAAAAUAACAAUAAUCUCAUUGAUAGGUUUAUGUAUAACUAUUGCUUGGAGCAAGGUUUUGGAUACCAGGUUUUUCAUAAUGAUAAAGAUUUAAAUGAUCCAAGUAUUAUUUAUCACAAGUCUUUUCGCUGUUUAUCAAGUAGUACUUACGAACCUAGAAAA